AUGGGGCAUGUACCCGUGGGCGUCACGUCUAUGGCCAUCCUCAUCGUUUUCGGACUGUAUAUUUUAGACUCUGGCACUCCAUGCAAUACUGAACUUCCUCCUGUUGGACCUCGUCUUCUGCGAGCAAAAGCACUUUUUGGUGAAGGCAUGAGAGUGUGCAAGAAGGAAAUUGUCGCGUACGCAAAUACCAUCCCAUCUCAGAAAAUACGUAAGAUUUUGCAGGCUUCAUGCUCCGCGUUCAACACCUGCAAAACUCUCGCCCAAGAGGACAAUUUGGAACCGGCCUACCAGUGCUUGGUGUCUCAAGCCCAAAGUACGACUUCACCGUCUGCUUUAUGGCUUAACAUGUCGGACGAAUACAGAGAUGCGACACAAGGAGCAUUGAUUGUGUGA